AUGGGAAGUGAUGAAAGAAAACCACUUUUAUCAAUUAAUGAUGGUGAUGAUGAUUUUAAUCAUCAAGAUGUAUCAACAAAAACACCACCAAUUAAAAAAGAAUCAUUAUCUAAUAAAUUUAAAAGUUUUUUAAAAAAAUCAAUGACAAAAGAAACUCUUCCAAUUUUAAUAUAUGUUUUAUUAUAUAUUAUUUCUGGUGUUAUUAAUGUUGUUUUAUUAAAAAAACUUAUGAUUAAAUUUGUAAAUUAUGGUUUUUUCCUUAGUCAAAUAACAAAUUAUGGUUAUUUACCAAUUUUUUUAGUUGCAAUGUGGUAUAAAAUGUAUUGUACAAGUGAUGUACCAAAAGAAACUAGAAAUUUUCCACAAUAUAAAUUUGUGAUAAUGGGAUUAUUGGAUGCAAUUAAUGGUUUUUUCGUUGUGAUUGGUGGUGUUUCAACAUCGGGUCCAUUGCAACAGUUAUUGAAUCAAGCUAUUAUUCCAUUCACAAUGAUUGCAUCAUUUAUAUUUUUAAGAGAACGUUAUUCAUUAUUUCAAUUGGGUGGAGCAGCAGUGAUUUUAGGUGGUGUUAUAGUUUCAUUGAUUCCAUCAUUGGUUGGUGGUUCCUCUGGUGGUAAUAUUUUAUUUUAUAAUUUUUUUUACUUAAUUUCAGUUAUUCCAGGUGCACUUUCAAAUGUUUAUAAGGAUAUAGCUUUUCAAUCGAUUGAUAUGGAUGUUUGGUAUUUACAAUUCUGGGAUUGUCUUUAUCAAUCUUUAUUUGGUAGUAUUCUAUUCCCAGUUAAUAAUUGGUUACCACCACCAGCAACUAUUAAAUUCACUGAAAUUAUACCAUCUAUGAGAGAUGGUGCAUUAUGUUUAGGUGGUAAAAAUACUAUUUUACCAAUUUUUAAUGGUACAACAUCAACAUUGGCAUUUGGAUCAUGUGGUAUUAAUGAUAAUUUUGUUUGUGAUGAUUGUCAUAAUACAUGGAUUAUAGUUUUAAUUUAUAUGACAGUUAAUAUCGCUUAUAAUAUUUUCAUUUUAUUAGUAUUGAAACAUGCUGGUGCAACCGUUUAUUCAAUUGCAAAUACUGUGAUUUUACCAUUAACAAAUAUUUUCUUUUCAAUUCAUUUCAUUAUGGGUGCUGCAACUACACCAUUCUCUGCUUUAUCAGUUGCUGGUUUACUUUUAAUUCUAUUUGGUUUAGGUGGUUAUCGUAUUGGUUCAAUGAUUAAAAAACCACCUCCAGAUUCAAAGAAAGAUUCAGAACAACAAGGUGGUGAAGGAGGUGCUGGUGAUGGCGAUUCAUCUGAUAAUAAAAAUAAUUUAGGUGAUAGUGCUGAAAUUCCUCAACAAAUUCAACCAAAGACUCAAUUACAUUUAAGAAAUCAAUUCUUUGGUAGAUUAGGUAUUGAUAUACCUGAAUCAAGAUAUAGAGCUACAAAUAUUAUUAAUAAUUAA